AUCUUGGAAAGUUGGUGUUUGUUAUUUUUGUUUUAUUUUAUUUAGUGCUUUCUGUUUCAUACUAUCUUUAUUUUACUUUGAGUUAAAUAAAUACCAAAAUGCCAUCGCCGGCCCCUUCGAAAGACGGUUCCGUUACCCCUCGUACCAGACCCCAGGGCUCCCGAACGCCAUCCGGAUCUCGGACCCCAUCCGGAUCUCGAACGCCUCAACGAGACGAUGCCUCGUCCACAUCAUCCAGAACCAGAACCCCUCGCAAAACGGCCGUCACGCCGGCGAAGAGCGCGGACACCCCGUUGCGCUUCGGGGCCAACCGGCGCGUAGACAUCGACGCCCCGAGCGAGAUCCCCUCGUCUCCCGCCCAGAGCGUGGCGCCUACAUCGGAGUACAGCGGAGGUGUUGCGAUGAGCGAAAUCGACUUGAGUUCUCCGCUGAAUUACGGCACCCCGAGUUCCUUGGGGUCGAUCAGAACGCCCCGGUCGGGAAUACGGGGCACCCCGAUUCGCAUGAGGCCCGACGUCCGGUCCGAUAAGAGGAUGCGACAAGUAAACGUCGGCGCCGAGGCUAAUUUGGAAGCGAUUCCUGAAAACCAAGACACCGAUUCGACGGCUCCUCACUUGGUCAUUUGGGGCACCAACGUUUCCGUAGCGGAAUGCAAGGAAAAAUUCAAACAGUUUGUGUUACGUUUCAUCGAUCCCAACGCCGAAGAAGACGAACGGACCGACGACAUGAACCUAAACGAACCCUUAUACAUACAAAAAUUAGAAGAAAUCCACACGCUGGAAGAACCGUUUUUGAACGUGAAUUGCGCCCAUUUGGAAACCUUCGAUUCGAGUUUAUACAAAAAGUUGAUCUGCUAUCCCCAAGAGGUGAUUCCCACGUUCGAUAUGUGCAUCAACGAAAUGUUCUACGAGAGAUAUCCAGCCGCUGUGCUCGAUCAUCAGAUCCAAGUCAGGCCAUUCAACGCCGAGAAAACCAAAAAUAUGAGAGGACUAAACCCCGAAGACAUCGACCAGUUGAUAACCAUCAGCGGCAUGGUCAUCAGAUCGUCGAACAUCAUGCCGGAAAUGAGAGAGGCCUUUUUCAAAUGCAUCGUGUGCCAGUUCACCACAUCGGUGGAAAUCGACCGAGGGCGCAUCACCGAACCGACGCUGUGCAGCAGCUGCAACACCAAUCACACGUUCACUCUCGUCCACAACCGGUCGCAGUUCACCGACAAGCAGAUGAUCAAAUUGCAGGAGUCCCCCGACGACAUGCCGGCCGGCCAAACGCCCCACACGGUGGUGCUGUUCGCCCACAACGAUCUCGUCGACGCCGUCCAACCAGGGGACAGGGUCACCGUCACCGGGAUUUACCGGGCGCAGCCCUUGCAGGUGAAUCCCAGGCAGAGGAACAUCAGAUCGGUGUACAAGACGCACAUCGACGUGCUGCACUUCCGCAAAAUCGACCAGAGGAGGUUGUACGAGGAAGAGAACGGUAAAGACCGUCGAUUUACCCCGGAACGAGUCGAGUUAUUGCAUAUGCUGUCUCAGAAACCCGACGUGUACGAGCGCCUGGCUAGAUCCAUAGCACCUUCGAUCUACGAAAACGAGGACGUUAAGAAGGGAAUUCUCUUGCAGUUGUUCGGCGGUACUAAAAAAACGUUCGUCACGUCCGGCCGGUCGAAUUUCAGGGCGGAAAUCAACAUCUUGCUGUGCGGGGAUCCCGGUACAUCGAAGUCGCAGCUACUGCAGUACGUCUACAAUUUGGUGCCGAGGAGCCAGUACACGUCCGGGAAAGGUUCUUCGGCGGUGGGUUUGACUGCGUACGUUACCAAAGAUACGGAAACCAAGCAGCUGGUGCUUCAAACCGGUGCCCUCAUACUCGCCGAUAACGGGAUUUGUUGUAUCGAUGAGUUCGAUAAAAUGAGCGAAUCGGCGCGUAGCGUACUCCACGAGGUAAUGGAACAACAAACGCUCAGUAUAGCCAAAGCGGGAAUUAUUUGCCAAUUGAACGCCAGAACUUCGAUUUUAGCCGGAGCGAAUCCCUGCGAGUCUCAAUGGAACCAACACAAAACUAUCAUCGAAAACGUACAAUUACCCCACACAUUAUUAUCGAGAUUCGAUUUGAUAUUUCUGAUAUUAGAUCCACAAAACGAAGUGUUCGACAGAAGAUUAGCGCGCCAUUUGGUAUCCCUAUACUACAAAACCAGAGACGAGGAGGAAAUCGAAUUCCUCGACAUGUCGAUCAUAAGAGACUACAUAGCCUACGCCAAAGAGCACAUACAUCCGAAAAUCGGCGACGAAGCUUCCCAGAAGCUCAUCCAGAGCUACGUGGACAUGAGGAAAAUCGGCUCGGGUCGCGGGCAAAUAUCCGCCUAUCCGAGACAACUGGAGUCGCUGAUUCGCCUGUCGGAGGCCCACGCGAAGCUCAGGUUCUCGCAAACCGUCGAAAUCGAAGACGUCGAGGAGGCCUACAGGUUGCAUCGGGAGGCUUUGAAACAAUCUGCGACAGAUCCUCUAUCGGGAAAAAUCGACGUGGGUAUCCUUACGACGGGACUAAGUAGCGCGUCGAGGAAGAAACGAAUGGAAUUGGCGCAAACGGUGAAGAAAUUGAUCGAAGAUAAGGGAAAAGCGCCGAUCAUUAAUUACAUGAAGCUGUUCAAUGAACUUAAGGAGAGUUCGGCUAUCAUGAUUACUAGAGAGCAAUUUGAGGACGCGAUUAAGGAUUUGCAGGAUAGCGGAAUGAUCGUCGUGAUGGGGAAGACUUCUAUAAGAGUCUGCAAAAAUAGAGAUUAAAUCCAACGGAUUUGAUUAGUAUUUUACGCGCAUUUAACGAUUAUUUUAUAUGCUUUCGAAAUAUUUACACUUAAGUUAACCUUUAACCACUAUUCUCUUUAUCUUUUAUCGUUUUUGUUAUUGUCAGAUUGGAAAAAGUAAAAAUAAAAGUCGAUUUGAU